AUGAAUUCCCAGAUCGAGGAAACCAUGCGCAAUUGCUCAAAAUGUGCAACCUUUCAGAACAAACAAACCCCAGAACCUCAUAAGCCAUCACCAGUACAAGAUCUACCAUACCAAGUAGUAGGAUGUGAUCUGUUUGACUUUCAGUCCAAAAAGUACCUCAUCUUAGUGGACUACUUUUCACACUAUGCUGAUGUAGUUGAGCUGAAAUCUCCGUCAACCACCUCAACGCUGGAAGCUAUGAAGUCAGUGUUUUCUUGUCAUGGAAUACCUAGACAACUACGGUCAGAUAAUGGACCUCAGUUCACGUCACAGCAGUUCAAAUCAUUCUGUCGAGUGUAA